GCCCUGUUAGUCCCAAGGCGCCGUAUAGAGCCUGUCAAUUCAAUACAGUAGAAGAUGGCAAUGAAGGCUAUCAGAGGGAUCGUCAACGGAGCUAUGAACGAACUGUCCUCUGCUGUCACCGGGACGAAAGCAGCGGCCCGUGAACAUGCACAAGUCGUCAGCCGAGACUACAUUUCUCAGCCACGUCUAACUUAUAAGACUGUGUCUGGUGUCAAUGGCCCACUGGUUAUUUUGGAUCAGGUGAAAUUCCCCAGGUAUGCAGAGAUUGUCCACCUGACCCUUCCUGAUGGCACAAAGAGAAGCGGACAGGUGCUGGAGGUCAGCGGCUCCAAAGCUGUGGUGCAGGUCUUUGAAGGAACCUCCGGUAUUGAUGCCAAAAAGACAAGUUGUGAAUUUACAGGAGAUAUCUUACGCACACCAGUAUCAGAAGACAUGCUGGGUCGAGUUUUCAAUGGGUCAGGAAAACCGAUCGACAGGGGGCCCAUGGUCUUGGCUGAAGACUAUUUGGACAUUAUGGGACAGCCCAUUAACCCGCAGUGCCGAAUCUACCCAGAGGAGAUGAUCCAGACUGGGAUCUCAGCCAUCGACGGCAUGAACAGCAUUGCCAGAGGACAGAAGAUCCCCAUUUUCUCAGCCGCUGGCCUGCCACACAACGAGAUUGCAGCACAGAUCUGCCGCCAAGCUGGUCUAGUCAAGAAAUCCAAAGAUGUGAUGGAUUACAGUGCGGACAACUUUGCCAUUGUGUUUGCUGCCAUGGGGGUUAACAUGGAAACGGCAAGAUUCUUCAAGUCUGACUUUGAAGAAAAUGGAUCUAUGGACAACGUGUGCCUCUUUUUGAACUUGGCCAAUGACCCCACGAUUGAGCGCAUUAUCACCCCUCGUCUGGCCCUCACGACUGCCGAGUUCCUGGCCUACCAGUGUGAGAAGCACGUGCUGGUCAUUCUCACAGACAUGAGCUCCUAUGCCGAGGCUCUGCGAGAGGUGUCUGCAGCCAGAGAAGAGGUGCCUGGGCGGCGGGGUUUCCCUGGCUACAUGUACACAGACCUGGCCACCAUCUAUGAGAGAGCUGGCCGCGUGGAGGGUCGCAGUGGCUCCAUCACCCAGAUUCCCAUCCUCACCAUGCCCAAUGAUGAUAUUACCCACCCCAUCCCUGAUCUCACUGGCUAUAUCACAGAGGGGCAGAUCUAUGUGGACAGACAGCUGCAUAACAGGCAGAUCUACCCCCCCAUCAACGUGUUGCCCUCUUUGUCUCGACUGAUGAAGUCUGCUAUCGGGGAGGGGAUGACCCGUAAGGACCACGCCGAUGUGUCUAACCAACUGUAUGCUUGCUAUGCCAUUGGGAAAGAUGUGCAGGCCAUGAAGGCCGUGGUGGGAGAGGAAGCCCUGACAGCUGAUGACCUGCUCUACCUGGAGUUCCUGCAGAAGUUUGAGAAGAACUUCAUCUCCCAGGGUGCCUAUGAAAACCGUACUGUGUAUGAGACCCUGGACAUCGGCUGGCAGCUGAUGAGAAUCUUCCCAAAAGAGAUGCUGAAAAGAAUCCCACAGAGUACCCUUGCUGAAUUCUACCCCCGAGACUCCAAGCACUAAUUCCUCCCUAGAGCCUUCCCACUGGCCCCUCCCCUUUUUUCUGUGCCUCACAUGGUCAUUGUGUUAUUUAAGCAAAUUUAAAUAUAUUGUGAAUAAUUGGUGUUGCUGCUUGAUUAUGCCCCGGCAGAGUAUUGCUGUGUAUGGUGUGUGAAUCAAGUGUGAAAGUCUGGCCGUUUUGGACAUGGAAAGGACAGUUGGUGCUUUUAAAACAAAAAGCAUAUAUUUAUGACAGGGGGGGAGCCUUUUGUGUAACUGUGUGCGUGCUGUGCCAACCAUUUGCUCGGUCAACCAGUCAAUAAAUCUUUGUGUCCAGUGAGCAAUCUGUUUUGCAGUGUAGACAUACAGCCACAAGACAGCAGGAAGGAUACAAAAUGCUAAAUCCUAACUAUACUCAUGCAUAUGCAGCAAGGAAAAUCCAUACAUCACAAAUAUUGCUCCCAUGCCUGAUACUCAAAGUCAGAUCAGUUAUAUUGUUCUCUGUCAUCAAAGGAUCUUUAAAAUAGUAGCUAUGUAGGAGGACAGUUACAGUCCAAUAGGGUCAUAAAUACAGUAUAGGGUCGAUAAAUAUUACCAAAGAUGGCAGUAGCUGUAUUUUCUGAGUUUUACAUCUAAUCCCGGUAAUUGACUGGUAAUGGUAAAUGUUACAUGCAAAUGCACUUUCUGUUGUACCAGAGAUUGCAUUUGAUCACCUGUUCACCUGUAAUAUCAGAUUUUUAUUUUUUUUAUUUUUGGAGGGGGGUGGGGGUUUGAAAUGUUUUUACCAUUUUUGCCAAAAAGGUGAUGAGGAAUGAAAGCCUUCUUUAGGCUGUUCAUCUUGACCCACUUCAUCUGACUUUGCCUUGUAGAAAAUGUAGCAAAAUACAGGUCAUACAUAAUUUGCUUAAAUAUUCAUAUAUAUGACAACCAACAACAACAUAACUCGUAAUAUAACAAAGCCACAAUUGAAAUUUCUGGAAU